AUGCAUCAGAAUGGCACUAUAGAGGAAGAGGAGGGGGAGGAGAAGGAUGGCGGCGGCGACGAUGGUGGUGGUGGUGGUAUUUAUAAGGAUAUACUAGAUGCAUCACUAAGGCGUGAUCCUAAUACAUGUGAUGAUGAAGAUGAAUCUAUUAUUACUAUGAUACUCAAUAUAUAUGAUAGACAACAAUACAUAGAAGAUACUUAUGAAGAGGAGGUAUCUAUAUUAGAAAGGGAAGUAUUAGAAAAUAAGUUGGAGUAUAUCAACUACUUGAUGAUGGGGCAUUAUCGGGAUAAAGUAGUAAAAGACCUCACAACACAACUCUUACAGGACUUAGAUCAUGCUAUUAAGGAUUAUAUUAAUAACAACAACAAUAAUACAGGAGACAUGGAGGAUUAUAAUGAUGAUGAUGAUGAUCAUCCCCCUCCUCAUCAUCAUAAUCAUGAAGAGAAGGAUGAGGAAGAGAAGAUGGAGGUUCAUAUUGAUAAUCCAAUGCAUGAUGUUAUCACUUAUCUGAUGAGCGUAUCAUUCUCCCACAAUAAGGAUGCAUGGCUAGACCCUAUGGAGAUAAUCUCGGCUGCUCAUGAUGAUGAUGAUGAUGGCAACUUGCCAUAUGAAGGCCAUGUAAGGGCAUUACCGAAGAUGGUACAUCGACAGGGCCGAGAGUUGAAGUUGUUGAAGUUGGAAGAAUAUUACGAACCAGGACGAUAUUAUAGUGUCGCCAAUGAGCGUCAGAGACAAGUUCAGCAUGAUAGCUUAACUGCCUCUGACAAAGUGCAGCACUAUGGGAAGAUUGAUGUGCACGUCCAGAAACUAGUUGACGAUAGCUUGUCUGUGAAUCCACCACAUGAUAAAUGGAAGCCGGAUAAAAGGAUACGACACCUUUCGUUGCUCUUUACUAUAGAGAACUCCAACCAGCUUGGCUUCAGUAACGGACUCCACUUUCUCCUCCUGCUCAAGAAAGCUUGCAGUACCAAUGUCACCGCCGCUGAUGGGGUCAAAGUCACUGAAGGCCGAAAAUCCCAUAUAGGUCGAGAUGGGGUGGACGUCGAUCGUUGUGCAACCCCAAACCAUUUGAGGAAGUUGCAAUCAGAGCCAAAUGAAGCCAAUGUAGACGACGAGAAAGAAAAGGUUCGGGACCGACCGAUGAUGUUGGAGGGGAACAUGGCCAAUGCCAGGAGACAGAGAAGCGACCGGACGGUUCGCGAUAGACUGAUAGUUGACGAUCAUCGUACAGUGAAGGACUUGGUUCUCGGACAACUGCUUGAACAUGAUGAGGUGGAAAAACUCGAGCCCGUUAUUGGUAGAGGGAAGGCGAGGGGCUGCCCCUUCCCACCGAGUGUUAUAUGGUACUUCUCGAUAUUCUGCUUCAGGUGGAACCGACACAUGACCCGAGCAGCAGCAGGGAAUACUUCGGCUCCUCCCGAAGUAUUCCGUUUCGACAUAUAUUGUGUUAAACUCGAAACAUCCGUGGUGCUGAACAUUUUGGCACCCCAAAAUGAAAAUAAAUAA